UGUCUGUGGGAUAUGAAUAUGAGACAUGCCCUGACUUUAUUCUCUGGGAGCAAAGGACAGUCAUUUUACAAGGUUUUGAGAUGGAUGCUUCUAACCUAGGAGGCUGGUCUUUGAAUAAGCAUCACGUUUUGAAUCCUCAAAGUGGAAUCAUACAUAAGGGAAAUGGGGAAAAUAUGUUCAUUUCCCAGCAGCCCCCAGUCAUAUCAACCAUAAUGGGUAACGGACACCAAAGAAGUGUAGCCUGUACCAACUGCAAUGGCCCAGCCCACAACAACAAACUCUUUGCUCCUGUCGCCUUAGCUUCUGGCCCUGAUGGCAGUGUGUAUGUUGGCGACUUCAAUUUUGUGAGACGAAUAUUUCCCUCAGGAAACUCCGUUAGUAUUUUGGAAUUAAGAAACAGAGACACCAGACAUAGCACAAGUCCUGCUCACAAAUACUAUCUGGCUAUGGACCCUGUAUCUGAAUCACUCUAUCUAUCAGACACCAAUACUCGAAAAGUCUACAAGCUGAAAUCUCUUGUGGAAGCAAAAGAUCUGUCCAAGAAUUUUGAAGUGGUGGCAGGAACUGGUGAUCAGUGCCUUCCGUUUGACCAGAGUCACUGCGGAGAUGGUGGGAGAGCAUCGGAAGCUUCACUGAAUAGCCCUCGAGGCAUCACAGUUGAUAGGCAUGGAUUCAUUUACUUUGUGGAUGGGACUAUGAUUCGGAGAAUUGAUGAGAAUGCUGUGAUCACAACGGUAAUCGGCUCAAAUGGUCUGACUUCCACACAGCCACUGAGCUGUGACUCAGGAAUGGACAUCACUCAGGUGCGAUUAGAGUGGCCAACAGACCUUGCAGUCAAUCCCAUGGACAAUUCAUUGUAUGUCUUGGAUAACAACAUUGUGCUGCAAAUUGCUGAAAACAGGCGCGUGCGGAUCAUUGCAGGGCGCCCCAUUCACUGCCAGGUGCCAGGCAUCGAUCAUUUCUUGGUCAGCAAGGUAGCAAUUCAUUCCACUCUAGAGUCAGCUAGGGCCAUCAGCGUCUCCCACAGCGGGCUGCUCUUCAUCGCUGAAACAGAUGAGAGGAAAGUAAACCGCAUUCAGCAAGUGACCACCAAUGGGGAGAUCUCCAUCAUUGCUGGUGCCCCUACCGACUGUGACUGCAAAAUUGAUCCCAACUGUGACUGUUUUUCAGGUGAUGGUGGCUAUGCCAAAGAUGCAAAGAUGAAGGCCCCUUUCUCAUUGGCAGUGUCGCCUGAUGGUACCCUUUAUGUGGCAGACCUUGGAAAUGUUCGAAUUCGUACCAUCAGCAGGAACCAAGCCCACCUGAAUGACAUGAACCUUUAUGAGAUAGCCUCACCAGCUGAUCAGGAGCUGUACCAGUUCACGGUCAAUGGAACCCACCUGCACACCCUAAAUUUGAUAACGAGGGAUUAUGUGUAUAACUUCACCUACAAUGCUGAAGGUGACUUGGGUGCUAUUACUAGCAGCAAUGGCAAUUCGGUGCAUAUUCGCCGUGAUGCAGGCGGGAUGCCCCUUUGGCUUGUGGUGCCUGGCGGGCAGGUGUACUGGCUGACCAUAAGCAGCAAUGGAGUCCUGAAAAGAGUGUCAGCCCAAGGCUAUAAUCUGGCCCUGAUGACCUAUCCAGGAAACACGGGACUUCUGGCUACCAAAAGUAACGAAAAUGGAUGGACAACUGUUUAUGAGUACGACCCCGAGGGACAUCUGACCAAUGCAACAUUUCCUACCGGAGAGGUCAGCAGCUUCCACAGUGACCUGGAGAAGCUGACAAAAGUGGAGCUAGAUACUUCCAACCGCGAAAAUGUCCUCAUGUCAACCAACCUAACAGCAACUAGUACUAUAUAUAUUUUAAAACAAGAGAAUACUCAAAGUACCUAUCGGGUGAGUCCAGAUGGUUCACUGCGUGUCACCUUUGCCAGCGGGAUGGAGAUCAGCCUCAGCUCAGAGCCCCACAUCCUGGCUGGGGCGGUUAACCCCACCCUGGGCAAAUGCAACAUCUCAUUGCCCGGAGAGCACAAUGCAAACCUCAUCGAGUGGCGGCAGAGGAAAGAGCAAAACAAAGGCAACGUUUCAGCUUUUGAAAGGAGGCUGAGGGCCCAUAACCGAAACCUGCUUUCAAUAGAUUUUGAUCAUAUAACUCGCACAGGAAAGAUCUAUGAUGACCAUCGAAAGUUCACCCUACGAAUUCUUUAUGAUCAGACUGGGCGACCCAUUCUGUGGUCCCCCGUAAGCAGGUACAAUGAAGUGAACAUUACAUAUUCACCUUCAGGAUUGGUGACGUUUAUUCAAAGAGGGACGUGGAAUGAAAAAAUGGAAUAUGACCAGAGUGGAAAAAUAAUUUCAAGAACUUGGGCUGAUGGGAAAAUUUGGAGCUAUACCUACUUAGAAAAGUCUGUGAUGCUUCUCUUACAUAGCCAGCGGCGCUACAUCUUUGAAUAUGACCAAUCAGAUUGUCUGCUCUCAGUCACCAUGCCUAGUAUGGUGCGCCACAGCUUACAAACCAUGCUUUCGGUGGGCUACUAUCGGAACAUCUACACCCCACCAGACAGUAGCACUUCUUUUAUUCAAGACUAUAGUCGAGAUGGCCGACUGCUACAGACCCUGCAUCUGGGGACAGGGCGCAGAGUUUUAUACAAGUACACCAAGCAAGCAAGGCUGUCUGAGAUUCUCUAUGAUACCACUCAGGUCACAUUAACAUAUGAAGAAUCUUCUGGAGUUAUUAAGACAAUACACCUAAUGCAUGACGGAUUCAUCUGCACAAUCAGAUACAGGCAAACAGGACCUCUUAUUGGACGUCAGAUUUUCAGAUUCAGUGAAGAGGGUCUUGUAAAUGCACGGUUUGACUACAGCUACAACAACUUCCGAGUCACCAGCAUGCAAGCUGUGAUCAAUGAAACCCCUUUGCCCAUAGAUCUGUACCGAUAUGUUGAUGUCUCUGGUAGAACAGAGCAGUUUGGAAAAUUCAGUGUUAUUAAUUACGAUUUAAAUCAGGUCAUAACUACCACUGUGAUGAAGCACACUAAGAUCUUCAGUGCUAAUGGGCAAGUCAUUGAGGUCCAGUAUGAAAUCCUAAAGGCAAUUGCCUACUGGAUGACUAUUCAAUAUGAUAAUAUGGGCCGUAUGGUAAUAUGUGACAUAAGGGUAGGCGUAGAUGCCAAUAUCACAAGGUACUUCUAUGAAUACGAUGCUGAUGGACAACUUCAGACUGUUUCUGUAAAUGACAAAACCCAGUGGCGCUAUAGCUAUGAUCUGAAUGGAAACAUCAACCUCUUAAGCCAUGGAAAUAGUGCUCGUCUUACUCCUCUCCGAUAUGACCUCCGUGACCGCAUCACCAGACUAGGAGAAAUUCAGUAUAAAAUGGAUGAGGAUGGCUUUCUGAGGCAGAGGGGAAAUGACAUAUUUGAAUACAAUUCUAAUGGUCUGCUGCAGAAAGCCUACAAUAAGGCCUCUGGCUGGGCUGUGCAGUAUUACUAUGAUGGGCUUGGGCGACGCGUCGCCAGUAAGUCCAGCCUAGGGCAGCACCUCCAGUUCUUUUAUGCAGACCUUGCCAACCCCAUAAGAGUUACUCAUUUGUACAACCACACAAGCUCAGAGAUUACGUCUUUGUAUUAUGAUCUCCAAGGUCACCUUAUUGCCAUGGAGUUAAGCAGUGGUGAAGAAUAUUAUGUAGCCUGUGAUAAUACAGGUACCCCACUAGCUGUGUUCAGUAGUCGAGGUCAGGUCAUAAAAGAGAUAUUAUACACACCUUAUGGCGAUAUCUAUCAUGACACUUACCCUGACUUUCAGGUCAUCAUUGGUUUUCAUGGAGGACUCUAUGAUUUCCUUACUAAAUUAGUGCACUUGGGUCAAAGGGAUUAUGAUGUUAUCGCUGGCAGAUGGACGACACCCAAUCAUCACAUAUGGAAACAGUUGAACCUUCUUCCUAAACCCUUCAACCUCUACUCCUUUGAAAAUAACUACCCAGUUGGCAAAAUUCAAGAUGUUGCAAAGUAUACCACAGACAUCGGAACUUGGUUGGAGCUAUUUGGUUUCCAGUUACACAAUGUACUACCUGGAUUUCCCAAACCAGAAUUAGAAAAUUUGGAAUUAACUUAUGAGCUGCUGCAGCUUCAGACAAAAACUCAAGAGUGGGGUCCUGGAAAGACUAUCCUGGGCAUUCAGUGUGAGCUUCAGAAACAGCUCAGAAAUUUCAUUUCUUUGGACCAACUUCCUAUGACUCCCCGAUACAAUGAUGGACGGUGCCUUGAAGGAGGGAAGCAACCAAGGUUUGCUGCUGUCCCUUCUGUUUUCGGAAAGGGUAUAAAGUUCGCCAUAAAGGAUGGCAUAGUGACAGCUGAUAUCAUAGGAGUAGCCAAUGAAGAUAGCAGGCGACUUGCUGCCAUUCUCAAUAAUGCCCAUUACCUGGAAAACCUACAUUUUACCAUAGAAGGGAGGGACACUCACUACUUCAUUAAGCUUGGGUCUCUGGAGGAAGACCUAGUGCUCAUCGGUAACACUGGGGGGAGGCGUAUUCUAGAGAAUGGUGUCAAUGUCACUGUGUCCCAGAUGACAUCUGUGUUGAAUGGGAGGACUAGACGGUUUGCAGAUAUUCAGCUCCAGCAUGGGGCCCUGUGCUUCAACAUCCGGUAUGGGACAACUGUGGAAGAGGAAAAGAAUCACGUGUUGGAGAUUGCCAGACAGCGCGCGGUGUCCCAGGCCUGGACUAAGGAACAAAGAAGGCUGCAAGAAGGGGAAGAGGGGAUUCGGGCAUGGACAGAGGGGGAAAAGCAGCAGCUUUUGAGCACUGGGCGGGUACAAGGUUACGAUGGGUAUUUUGUUUUGUCUGUUGAGCAGUAUUUAGAACUUUCUGACAGUGCCAACAAUAUUCACUUUAUGAGACAGAGCGAAAUAGGCAGGAGGUAACAAAAAAAAUCUCUGCCUUUGCGUCACCAAAGACUGCCUGUUUUUAAAACAUAAAAUGGUUUAUUGUAUUGGUUUUCUAGAUCAGAACUCUGUAUAUGUAAAUAUGGAGGAAAAACUUAUCCAACUGCCUUUCAAUGUGACGGAAGAUGGUAUUUUAAUAUUGUUUGUUUAAACUCUUUAAGAAACGACAGAGAUUUUUAGUUCUUGUGUGGCAGUAUUCAAAAUAACACAAGUAGAACUCAAACCGCUGAAAAGGUUUCAGAAAGCACCACUUUAAAUUUGUUGAGUCAUGCAUAUGUUUCAAUAUCCAGAGAGAACCCAAGGUUCUCUAUCUCUAUUGUGACACAAAGUUUCGUACUUAACUGUUGGCAGAACUCGCGGGCUGUUUGAAAAGGUGGUGCAAUAGUAUCUGAACCUACAUUUUGAAAAACUGCCAGCCCUUUCACAUUUUCCAGAUCUGUUAUAGGGAACUUAAAAAGAAGUGUAAAAUGCCCUCAGCCACCAUCUCCUGGAGUCAAGACCCAUUUGCCCUUCCUUCCUGAUUAUUCCUCCUUGCUUGUUAAAGUAAAUGCCAUGUUGUUGUGCUGUGUUUUGGCGUGUGGUGGCUGGCUUCUGUCUACCAUACUUCCCUGUGGGUGUGGUAACCAGAGUGAAUAGCCACUAUUUGCUUGUGUGUACAUGAUAUCAAAGCAGCUGGCCAAUGUGACCUCUCUCGUGCAACCUGUUUUGAUGACAUUUUUUAACAAAUUGUUCAGCUGUAUUGGCGUCAUGUAAACAUAACUUUUAUUAAUCUGGGUAGGAAUUUCUCAUUUAUAUAUAGGGUGUGUUUUGAUCAUAGUUUCACAUUAGUGAUUCAGUAUUUAUACACUAAUUCAAUGGUUUUGUGCACAUGAAAGGUAAUUUACUAAGAAGUAUGAUUGUGGUACAAAAAAAAAAGAGGCUUUAGCAGGCAUACAUGCCUGGGAUGUCAAUAAAUACACUACCACUGCAGAAAUAUAUAAGAGCCAAAACCCUUUAAAAAAUAGACCCAGUACUAAAGUGAAAGUACCAAAGGGAAGAUCAGAUCAAACAUCAUAGCAGUUGCUGCCACAUUGUUUUAGCCCACUUACAUUUAUCUUUAAAAUGUACAAUUCUGUCUUGAACAUCUCCCAACCAUAUUCAGGAAUAAAUCAAGUGAAUCCUUUCCAACCUAAAACAUUUUAACUAAUUAUAAAGAGGCAGACUAGUUCUUACUAACAAUUUAUGUUUAGUUGUUUCAGUUCUCCACUUUUACCCCAUUAUUUUUAUUUAAUCAGCUUUUCUGCCUAGGAAAAUUACUGUUUUCCAAGACAGGUUAUUUGUUCUGCAAUCAUCUAAAAUUUGAAGAAAGGUCAGGAUUAGUGUUAACAUCAGUUGCAGUUUCUCAAUCUCUAGGAAUCCUGCAGUAAAAGAAACCCCUUGGUGAGCUGGAAGAUUUGUGCCCAGUGACAAAGAGACAGUUUGUAAAAUGCUGUGUAAUUGUAAGUUACCACAAAUGAAAAUACAUGACAGCACAAUGUGGCCUGUAGAAAAUUCCCCUGAGCCAGCUUCAGCACUUUCAUCACGGAGUCUGAACAUUUGCUGUGUCUGAAGAAGAAUUUAUGAUGGAAUGUUAGUUUGGAUUCUUUCCAGCUACUACCUAAAUGCAGUGUGGGGUCAUUGCCUUGCUUUGUGAUGACAGUUUCUUAUGCAAAGUCAGAAUCCAGGCUCAUGUUAAGGGUUUUAAAGAGUCUGCCUCCUACUACACAAAGGACAGCAAGAGAAAGGAAAGGACUCUGGCAGGAAGUAGGGGAGGGUGUAUUCAAACAUUUCAUUUUUAAAACCUUCAGGUUGACUUACCACAUUCUUACACAUGUAUUUUGGGAGACCAGAGAGAGAGAAAGAAUUCGUAAUGAACUCAUCUCUCUUUGUAAUUGGAAACACACCAGCUCAAGAUACUGCUAAUCCAGACCAAAAUCACAUUAUUGUUUUUGUUUUUCCUGAAUCAGGCCUGUUUUAAUAGUUCAGUAUUUAUUCAGGAUGGAAUUCUAAAAUUACUAGCAAACUUGUUGAAAAUUUGAAUACCUCCACACCAACCUAAAAAUGAACCUUGAGUUCCUCGAACCGCCGAUGUUCUUUUGAAUUAAUGGAAUAAUUUGUGAACUGUAUAUAGAGAGUGCAUUCAUCAAUGUGAUGAUGUAUUUUAUCACUAUCCAAGAUGUCAAUAUUAGAGUCUAUUUUGCUUAUAUUUUAAGUGAUUGUACUUUUUUGCAAUUCACUGUUGAUGUAUCAUUUUCAAACUACUUUAAAUAUCCAUUAGAAACAAAUAUUUGAAGCUUUUACUUAAUAGUAAUUACCUUGAACUGUGCAUUUCUAGUUUGUAAUACAUAUUUAGUUAGUUUGUGCCUUUAGUUUCUUAAAGUUAUAUUUGUAUUAUAUUCAGGAAAUGCACUUUCUAUAACGUACAGCUAUGGUUUUACUACUGCCUUGAACUAUUAUUGUUCUUUUUACAACUUCUAAAGUUUUGGGGAGGAAAGAAAAAAGAUCAAAAUGUUAGCACUAAUGAGUAGUAAAUCUAAGAGAAACAUUUUGGCAUUUCUUGAGAAGAACAUGAGGAUAUAGUACAUUGCUUCCUAUUCAGCUGAAUAGAAAGAAUGCCUUCAUUGACUUGUAGUUCUGAAGUUUAAAUUAAUGAAAGAAUAAUUCAUUUGCAUUUUCUGAUGAAAGCAAAAGCAUUUUCAGAGAAAUACAUGAAUUUCUCAUACCCAGAAGGCAGGUGGCUGACACUACACAGCCACAAACCAUUCAAGUAAGUUAAAGUGAGAGCACAAUAGUUGGACUCUCCUGUGAAGAACACCCUGGGCUGGAGGCAGAGAAUCCUCUGAUUGUUUCUUUUUCCCAGCUAAGCCCUUUUUGUUUGUGAUUUUCUAUUUUGUUUUGUUUUUACUCUUGCACUGCAGUCUAGAGAUCCAAACGAACUGAAAAGUUCAAAGCUUAACAGACAUUUAAAUAUGUUUAAGUUGUCAUUCUAAUCAUUAUUGAUUAGAAGCAUGACUCCUGAAGGAAAAGGAAAUAAAGCUCAAAUCAUACUAACUUUCAACAAAACACCAUAUAAAUAAGUAUAUGUUUUAUUUUUAACCCAACAAAAUAAUGUAUAAAAUAAGUGUGUCCUUUAUUGUCAAUUUAUCUAGAAGAUCUAUAAUAUAUAGACUACAUAUAUAUAAUAUAAUAUAUACAACAUAGCCAAAUGUAUGAAAACUUGACAAUGUAUAAUUUGGAAUUCACAUGCUACCUAGAGAGGUAUAAAACUAAGUUAUAAUUUUCAUAAGGCUUGUUCAUCACUGUUGACAGAGUUUCAAGCAUUCUAUCAUGUUUCUACUUUUUUUCUUUUUCUUUCUUUCCUUUUUAAAAAUAUUUUUUAACUAGACCAGGCCCCCCUGUAAUAUCACCUGAGAGAGUCAGGGUAAGGUUUUUGCAUUUUUUAAGAUGUGUUUGUGUAAGGACAAUUAUAAUGGAAUUCAGUGGUAAUGGAAGCAAAAGUACAGUAAUUGAAUAUUGAAAGAAAAUGUUGGAGAGAUUGGAGAGUGUAUUACAGCUUGUGGAAAGACAGGCUACUGAUUGGGUGCACCAUUCUUGUUUUCUUGGAGGAACUCACAUACACAAAGCUGACCUGACUAGUAUUUCAGCUGUUCCACAGCUUUCUGUAAAGGUUCUUUAUUCUGCAAAGAAAACAAAAACAAAAAAAGGAAAAAAAAAAAACAAAAAAAACAAAAAAACAAAACAAAUUUUGAAAAAACAAACAACAACAAAAAAUAAUUCAACCACAAAAUAGUGACUAUUAUUUCAAUGUGUCCUUCAUGUGAAAGCUAUUAAGGACCAAAUAUACUACUGUGUGUAAGAAGAAAUUACUUUCUAAGCAGUAACUGAAAAUACUUAGAGUUAAACUUGCUGUGGAUUUUGUCUUGGCAGUUGUCAUCUUACAUUUUUUGUCAAAGGAAAUGUGUUUGGCAGUUAAAAAUCUUUCCUUAGAUUUAGUGGUGGACUUUAACCUCUUAAAUAAAUGUUAGUAUAUCAGAUUGUGUCCUUGAAAAAUAUUUUACUUGUAUGAAUCAUGACAAUGUCUAAAUCUUUACUAUUCUUCUGGCAAAAGCAUCAGUAAGAGAGAAGGCAAAAAAGAGAAGUAUAGCCUUUACGUCAGAAAAAUAUUCUUUUUAGCUGCUUACUUUCUCAUGAAAAGUAAAGAUGUUUACAGUGUAUGCCAAGAUUUUCAGUUUCUAUAUAACAACAGUUAGAGGUUCUAAUCAUACUGAAAAUUGUGUUAUAAUGGCCUGAGCCAUGUUGCUAGGAAACAAUAGGUUCCAAUUUUGUAUUCCUGCUCUCACUCCUGUGCUGAAAAGUGACUGGAUACUGUACAGGUUCAUGUUCUCUGGCUGCAGUUAAAUGGUCUUUUGCAUUUUGCUCUGGCUUUCAGGCCAGAAGCAUGCAUUUUUGUACAAGAGCAUCACAACAACAUGCUGUAAAUAUUUAAAGUUAAAUAUUAUGUGUCGAUAUUUGAAAGAAAAGUACUUUGAAUAUUUCAUUUUUAAAAAAUAAAAUUGCAAAUGAA